GGCUCUUGCACAGCAAUGAUUAAGUUGACAGAGGUGUACACGUAUACAGACUUGGCGGACAGACACGUGCAGACAGGCAACCUCCAGCUUGCCAUCAGUCUUCUUACGUUGGCUAACAACUGCACGCAGGGCAUUCUUGAUGCGUAUGACGGAGAUGAGAUGAUCAUCCAUACCGUUUCCCUGAUCCAGCGAAGUAACUUGCAGCGAAUACUGGAUUUGCUGGUGCGAUUAUUGGAGGCAGCAGCCAUUGAGCACCAGGCCCAGGGUGCGACUGGAAAUGACCUCCACAACGAAGCGCUUCUUGAAGAAGACUCCACGUACCCGAGAUUCGACGACCCUAUCAUUAUCCAGCUGCACAAUAAAGAAAAAGAGCUUCCGUACUCUCCUAACGAAAUUCAGGAGCAGAACUUGCGGCACCAUCUCUCCCAGACCCAGAAGCUCAACGACGACUACCUAGCGGAUAUCCGGUUCUUCAGCAGCUUGCACUUGCAAAUGAUCGAGGAAGUGGGCAGGCAAUUGGACGAAUCGGAAGACAAAGCUCUCAAGGAGAAGCUCAAGUCGACGAUGCUGCGGUACAAGCAGGGGCUUAUCGAUAAGGAGUCGCGGAUUUUGAAGACCCAGCCAGUGAGAGCGCAGGCUUUGCAGACAGAUUUUGGGAAUAUAGUGAACAAUUUCCGCUUGAAGCUCAGUUACUUGGCAAAAUACGAACGCAAGUGGAAUAACUUGGUGAAGAGCGCGAGAAAACGUAGAGACGAGGGGAAUCUUAAACUGUGAGGUUGUCGUACUUUUAUCAUAACAUUUUAACGGUAUCCGUGGAACUUUCAAUACAUUAUCAUAUACUCUGUGGAAAUUACAAUACCUUUCCAUUUAUUCUGUGGAAAUUCC